AUGUCUGAAUCCUUUGCUAUCCUCCGCCGCCGUCGCUCCGACGAGCUCGCUAAACUCGCCGAUGAGCACAUGCAGCAUGACCUCCAGGCCGAUGACCGCGACAAGCUAAAGGCCGCUGCCACUAAGGUUUCCAUGUGGACAACGGUUGGAUCUGCAAUCGGUAUCUCACUCGGGCUGUAUGCUGCAAUUAGACUGCGCAGCACCCGCAAGGCAUUCUUCGCUGCCGUCCGUGCGCAAGAGAAGCCAGUCAAGGUUGUCUUCUCUGACGGUCGUACCGAAGCGAUUCCUGAUCUGACGCCGCUGCUCAAGCCCACAACCCUGGGCGACUUUGCGACGUAUUUCUUCGCUUCAGCCGGUGGUCUGUUUCUGGGUGGAGAGCUUGGCUUCCUUGCUGGAUCAGCUAGCGCCGGUCGCAACAUUACUUCCGAUCCAGAAAGCCGGAAGAGAAUCGAGACCGCUUUCAGGAGAUUCCGAGCAGAUGUGUUGCGGAAAGAAGCGGAUGCUUUGGACAAGGGAGAUAAGAUGGAAGAUAUGAUGUUCUAA